UAGGACUAUUUGUUUCUAUUUUAUUUGUAAGUCUUCCGAUUUUGUAUAUUUGAUAUGCGCGGAUGGCUGUAGAAAUCACUCCUGAGCAACUAGAUGUCAUUGGACAUAGAAUCUUAUGAAAAGGAAUACCUCUUGGCAUUAUUAAGAUGAGGAUUUUCAGGCUGUCUCUUUUACUGCUAGGAGCUGUUCAGGUCUCAGUAUCUACUGAAAUCAGCGUGAGCCUAGACGACAGACGAUUCUUCUUACCUUCAGCCUAUUUGAAUAAGUUGUACUUCAUAUCCAGAGCCACGUUUGCGAGCUUCGGCCUGGCCAGGGCCACGUGUGAGUCCGCCAGAGGCUACGUGGCUGAGAUUGACAACCUCGUGGAGCUGAUCUUCCUGGAAAACUUCCUGACACGCUCUGACGUGGCCAAAGUUUACGUAGCAGGAACCGACGCUGCGUUUGAUGGCAGAUGGGUCUCCCAACGCACAGGAGCAACACGGAAUGUUUUUGACUGGAGCGACGGAGAGCCGAACAAUUUCAAUGGGCAGGAGGAAUGCAUCGAGUUGAUAAAAAGCAGACAGAGUAGAAUGAAUGAUAUUGUCUGCAAUAACCCGCUGGAGAGGCCAAAUGUCUUAUGUGAAAUAGACUUAUUUUAAAUGUC